CCCCUCCGGUGGGCCUUUCAAACGCAUCACCGUACUUAAUAAAUUAUUUUUCUAAAAAUAAAAUAAUUACACACUGUUUUUUUUUUUAUAAUUAAUAUUUUAAAAUGAAGUUAGAAAAGUGUUUAACUGAGGAGAACCUUAAUCAGAAUUUACUGAAUAUCCAGUAUGCGGUCCGUGGACCUAUCUUGCAGAGAGCUUUGCAGAUCGAAAGAGAGUUAGUCAAGGGGGUUCCAAAGCGCUUCAAGCGUGUGGUGAGAGCUAACUGCGGCGACUGUCACGCUCUCGGACAGAAACCCAUCACAUUCAUAAGACAGGUAUUAGCCCUAGUGUCAUUCCCGGAACUGAUCUCGUCUCGUCUAGAUAUCCCUCAAGACGUGAAGGACAGAGCCAAAGAGCUACUCGACGACUGCACGAAAGGUUCAGUGGGAUCGUAUUCUCCAUCCAACGGUCUCAACUUGGUGCGAUCUCGUGUCGCACAGUACAUCACGAACAGAGACGGUGUGCCCUCCAACCCUGACGAUAUUUACCUGGGAUCUGGUGCCUCUGAUGUUAUUAAAUCAGUCCUAACUCUGUUUGUUGAGGAUGUGGGAGGAAAGCCUCCUGCUGUGAUGGUGCCGAUCCCUCAGUACCCACUGUUUUCGGGUACUCUCUCAGAGCUUGGGGUUCGACAGGUCGACUAUUACCUUGAUGAGGAACACGACUGGGCUCUCCAGAUCUCUGAGCUAGAAAGGAGCUGGCGAGACGCCAGUAUUGAGAGCAAUGUGCGGGCUCUUGUUGUGAUCAACCCUGGAAAUCCUACAGGACAGGUGUUAACCCGCGAUAAUAUUGAACAAAUCAUCAAAUUUGCUUACGAGCGUAACUUGUUCAUUUUGGCUGACGAAGUAUACCAGGAGAACAUCGUGAGCAAGCCGUUUCAUUCCUUUAAAAAGGUAAUGUUCGAAAUGGGUGCACCAUACUCCCGCAUGGAAUUGGCCAGUUUCUUGACGACUUCAAAAGGCUAUGCAGCUGAGUGUGGAUUGAGGUCAGGAUACGUGGAGCUACUGCAUCUCCAGCCUUCAGUGCAGAAAACGUUCAAUACUAUGAGGUCUGUCAUGCAGUGCCCCUCGGUUUUGGGACAGUGCAUUUUGGAUUGCGUGAUGAAGCCUCCGUCUCCCGGAAAACCCUCACACAAUCAGUUCAUCAAUGAGAUUAGAGACAUUCACCAAGUAUUAAAGGAACGCACUGCAACCGCUUACAAAACCUUCAACUCAAUACCAGGAUAUUUCUGCAAUCCAAUCGACGGUUCGAUGUUCGCAUAUCCUCGUAUCGAAAUUCCAGUAGAGGCCCAAUUAGAAGCAAAAAAACUGAACAUGAGUCCUGAUGAGUUCUACUGCCUUAGGCUGUUGGAGGAAACUGGAGUGUGUGUGAUCCCGGGUACGGGAUUCGGGCAGCUUCCAGGAUCAUUCCAUUUCAGAACUACGAUACUCCACCCCAAGGACGAAUUCCAGUACAUGAUGGACUCUAUAAGACGUUUCCACUUGAACUUCAUGCAGUUAUAUCCUUAGAAAAUGUAUUUAGAUUUAGCAUUGAAUGAAUUUAGCAUUGUAGAUCUUUGAUGGUGCUUGAUGAGACUCUCGUGACAUACUUGAUUUUCCCGUCUUAGCUUUAAGGGUCUUAGCUUUAAGGGUUUAAAGGUCAAGGUGAAAUGGGUUAACACAAU